AUGUCCAUAACAAAGGUUGCUUUGGCUGGUGCUACCGGUAACCUUGGCCCGGCUGUUUUGAAAGAGCUUGUUUCAGCCGGAUUCGAAGUGACUGUGCUCUCACGAUCCACUAGUCACAAUUUUAACGAACGCGUCCAUGUUGCGCAAGUUGACUACAGUUCAGUCGAGUCUCUCAAAAAGGCUUUAUUGGGACAAGAUGCACUCGUGAUCACCCUCGGACAGGUCGGUCUUGAACCUCAUAUGAACUUGGUGAACGCAGCCGUGUCUGCCAAUGUCAAGCGUAUUAUUCCCUCCGAAUUUGGCUCGGACACUACCAAUCCGAACGCGGCGGCAUCUCCAGUAUAUGCCGACAAAAUCGCGAUCCAGAAACAUCUGAAGGAAGUUGCAAAUCUCAACACCAGCUAUACUUUGGUAAUCAAUGGACCGUUCUUCGACUGGGGCUUGCAAGCCAAGUUCCUAGUGGACUUGACUUCCCCAACCCCCGAAAUCUACGAUGGCGGCAAUCAAAAGUUUAGCACUACAACGCUGGCGGGAGUUGGCCAGGCGAUUGCUGGAGUGUUGAAAAAUUUGGAUGCCACCAGUAACAAGGCUAUCUUUGUUUCAAGUGCCGAAGUUUCUCAGAAGGAAUUGCUCGAUAUUGCUGGAAAGCAUGUAGCACCUCAGGAGGUGUCCACGAAGGAUUUGGAAAAGGCGGCAUUUUCUGAGUUGCAGAAACCCAACCCGGAUGGUAUGGUGAUUGCGUUUAAUCUUCUGAAGCGUGUCAUCUUUGGAGCGGGGUUUGGCAGCCAAUUUCCUGCAAAGAAUCUCUCGAAUGAUUUACUUGGUGUCCCUAGGCUCAGUUCAGCGGAUAUCAAAGACAUUGUGUCUAGAUAUGUGUGA